AUGGAUUACUUGAGAAGAAGAACAGAGUUUGAAGCUAAUUUCGAUUCGUUGGAGCAAGAAGAAGGAUCAACAAUAUCGGAAUCUGGAAGUUGUGAUUCGUAUUCACCACCACGACCGUCUUUAGCCGACGAACAUGGGCUUAUGGAAUUGCUUGAAGGAGACAAAGCUUACGAUCUGAUCUACCGUAAUUGUAAAUCUGGUCUUCACGAUCAAUGUCAGAUUCUCUCCAUUCUUCGAAACGGAUUCCGACACGUUGGAUCUCGUGCAAAGCUCAAGACUUUUCAGGUUUUUCAAGAGGCGGUGGAGUUGAAACACGCCGGAGAUGGCGGCGCAGCUAAGGUGAAAUACGGUUGGUGCACCGUCAAGAGAACAGAGCUGAAAUCGAUUCUUGAAUACGGUUUUAGCGAACCGAGAAACGAUGGAUCUUAUGGUCGUGGAUUGUAUCUAUCGCCGGAUAAUACUUCUCUUCUUGAAUGUUUGAAGGAUUGUCCAGCUUCAGAAUCAGAAGAUGAUGGGAUUAGAUUCUUGUUGCUUUCGAGAGUUUUACUUGGAAAAUCAGAGAUUGUUUCUAAAGGGUCGACUCAAUCGUGUCCGAGUUCUCAAGAGUUUGAUUCAGGUGUUGAUGAUUUAGCUUCUCCGAGCAAGUAUAUUGUGUGGAGUACACACAUGAACACACAUGUUUUGCCUGAGUUUCUUGUCUGCAUCAAAGCUCCAUUAAACUUAACUCGAAGUGUAAAGAGAUUGAGAUCACCAUGGAUGGCAUUUCCUGUAUUGAUCAAAGCGUUGUCAAAGUUUCUACCUCCUUCGCAAAUCUUUAUCAUUCAAAAACACUACAAAGAUCAACAAAACAGGAGAAUCUCGCGGAGCGAACUAAUUCAACGAGUCAGAAGUAUAACCGGAGACAAAUUACUUGCUCAUAUCAUCAAGGCUUUUGGAAACAAAGUACAACAGUGA